GGUGGACAAUUGUUUUAGUUUGCUGCGGGAAUACUGGCUAGCGGACCAAAAAAUUACCUUAUUUCCGAUAAUAUACCGACAAAUGUUCGGAAAUUGUGCUUGAAAAGCACUAUCCACUUGUGUGGUAUAUGCUAAUCCAUGAUAUUUAGCUGCUUCUAUUGUUCUGUAUUUAUUGUUUUCAUCGUUAAGAACUUUUGUCGAACUGCUUUUUUUUAAUUCUUUGCCAAAAAAACAAACAAACAAAAAGGGGGAUGACAAUUUCCACACCAUUAUUUUCAUCGUAUAUUUCACUUUGGCAACUGAUAUACUCAACAUAACAAAUCCAGCACUGAAGCAGGUAACACCGUCAACAUGGAGUUGAACGAUACAGAGAUGCAAGCCAACUCGUCCUCCAAGGACAGGUCAGUGUUUUAUUGUCCAAAAGCACCAGACUUAACGUGGGAUUUAAAUGAAACCACUUUCCCUUGGAUUUUAGUCGGCAUGAAAUCCUUUGCCUCUCCCGCGAUCAUUUUCUUGAACGCACUCGUGGUCCUAAUUGUAAAGCGAGAUAAACGAUUCCAGAAAAACUCGUACAUCCUGUUAUCUAGCCUGGCUGUUGCAGAUCUCCUAGUAGGAGUUGUAACUAUACCUUUCUCCGGCAGUAUUGAUUUGUUACUUGCCCUACAAGUUUUAUUAGAGCAUGUCUGUGUUCUAGACCUUAUCAAUGUGUACUCGAUGUACUGUAUUUCCUGGUGUGCACUGUACCAUUUGACCGCAAUCGCCUGGGAGAGGUACGUGGCCAUACGAAAGCCGAUCGAGUACGUGAUCAUUGCGACUAAAAGCCGCAUCUUAAAGGUUAAGAUCACCGUCUGGCUGGCUGCAAUCCUCUCAACGAUUCCACCCCUUAUAAUGGAAAUCGCCGGUGUCGAUAUCCGUUUCGUUGACAUCUGGGUUACCGCCGCGAGCCUGGGUGGAGCGCUUUCUCUAAUUGUGUUGGCAUAUUUCUACAUCCAAGUGUACCUUGGAGUGCGAAAAAGCAUGCUCAAGAAAAUCAGCAAAGUAACAGUCCUGGUUCAAGCUAAGCAAGACAAGAAAGUGGCCAAGACAACUGGCUUGCUAACCCUCGUGCUGCUGUUGUCGUUCGUCCCAGGGAUUGUUGUCAGUAGUUCAGUGGCCCUGCGUACAAGUACGAGUAUCCGAGUGUCCGAGUUACUCAUGCAAGUAAGCUCUCUUGUGAAUCCGCUGCUGUACUGCUACAGAGAUCUCCGCUUCAGGAAAGCCGCGCUAGAGCUGUUAAGAAUGAAAAAGCCUCCCGCGGUGCAUCCAGGCACUACUGGUGGCGUGUGUGCUGUCCAACGAAAGGAUCCACGUUCGGGUUCCCAAGGAAAAACCUCAGCCGUGGUGAGACAGCGAAACCUGGGAACACCACGCCCAUUGGAAAGGUCAGCAUCCUGCGACCCACGUGACUUGGGUUACAUUUACGCUCAUCAAAGAUCUGAAAUGGCCCUGAAAAGAUCCGCGUCAGAUCCAUCGCUUGUCCAGUUAAACAGGUUAUUGCGUGAUUCACAGACACAGCAGCACCCUAAUGUCGUGAUAAUAACUGCGACAGUCCAUGAUGGAAGACGCCCGCAGCGACCCAAGGCGAGUGUUGCUGAAUUGCCGAAAAAUGCUGCAACCUACAAUGCACGGAACAAGCUAUCAACACUAGAUCACGAUCGAACUCGUGUAUUGAUGCCCCGACCUUCGCGAAAGGUGGCCGCCUUAAUCACCAAAACGUGAAAGAGGAAUUUUGUCUGCAGACUGGGGACGAAACCACUGUUAUCAGGGGAAGAAAUCGCCCUGAAUCGACGACAACUUCAGGAUUUACAACAAAGUUGUGAGGUGACUUCUUGAAUUCGCUGUUCUUUGAUCUGAUGGCGGAGUAACAGAGCCUUUGUGAUAAGUCCGACUGCACCGUAGACUACGGUUAAACUGUGUUUAUUUCAAAAAGUUAAUUUAAAGUUAGCGAGAAAAGAUGUACGGAUCAUAAUCAACUUAUUAUAUAUUCUCUGGAUAACUUAUUUCAGCUGAAAAGGCUGUGUAGAUUGCAUGUUGCGUGUAAAAAGUCGGGCUCCGUUGACGCAGCUAUCCCAGCGUAUCUUUUCACUUUGGUUUCUAAAAUUGUUCUUAAGAAAGAUUUUUUGUUGAUUCAACAAAUAACUCUCUGCAUUCCUUAAAGAAACCCCAUAUAAAUAUACUGACCUCGAUGUUUGGGAAACUCUUUCUGUUUGCACGACUUGUGUAAAAAUUUCUGUUCGCAUCUGAAUUACUUUUAAUUCAACUUCAUUAAACUCGAAGGACCGCAAUUCCAAUUCAAUCGCAAUUCAAAUGGGGCGGGAGAAAGAAAUCUGUCUCUGUUUUUUUUUUUUCUGUACUCAUAGAUUUAAUUUUUUGGAUUUAAACAUUCACCACACGCAAAUUCAAGAAAAAUUAAAAAAAAGAUAUAUAGAUUUAAGUGAGCCUUGAAUUGUUAAACAUCAAAUUUAUCACACCUUGCAUAAUUUUAGG